CUAGGUGAGAAGUGGUCUUAAUUGAAAUUCAAAUUUUAAAAUGAAACGUAACGCUUUCUUAUUUUUAUUUGUGAGCGCUUUAUUCGUCCUCUCAUUUGCCCAAGAUUUAGAAGAUAGUGGAACCACUGAAGUACCAAAAUGCAGCGUGGAAGGACAAAAUUGUGAUGCAACAAAUCGUUGUUGUAGAAAUUUAAGAUGUUCUCAAACAACUAAGAAGUGUGAAAAAAGACCAAUAUGUAGGAACGAAGCACAAGACUGUGACGCAACAAAUCGUUGUUGUAGAAAUUUAAGAUGUUCUCAAACAACUAAAAAGUGUGUAAAAAGACCAAUAUGUAGGAAUGAAGCACAAGACUGUGACGCAACAAAUCGUUGUUGUAGAAAUUUAAGAUGUUCUCAAACAACUAAAAAGUGUGUAAAAAGACCAGCAUGUAGAAAUGAAGGACAAGACUGUGAUACAACAAAUCGUUGUUGUAGAAAUUUAAGGUGUUCUCAAACAACUAAAAAGUGUGUUAAAAGACCAACGUGUAGAAAUGUAGGACAAAACUGCGAUGCAAACAAUAAAUGCUGCACAAACUUGAGAUGCUCAACAAGUACUAAAAAAUGCGAAAGACGUCGAAAUCAAUGUCGUAGAAUUGGACAAUCCUGCAACAAUAAUAAUAAAUGCUGCCGUGGUAUGAGAUGUUCCGAAAGGACCAAAAAGUGCGAAAGAAGGCAAGGUUGUUGCCGAAAACAAGGACAAUCAUGCUUAGGAAUGAGAUGCUGUAGGGGACUGAAAUGCAAUUGGUGGGCCGGCAGAUGCGAACGUGAAGAUUGUGGACGUUGGGGCGAUGAGUGCCGAAACAAUCGAGAUUGUUGCAUUGGCUUGGCGUGCAACAGAAGAACAAAUUGUUGUAUGAGAAGACGAGAUAUGGAAACUGAUUCAGGAGAAGAAGAAGCUUAAUUAAAUAUCUAGAAGAAAAAAAAAUCUCCCACUCGUUAAAAAAAUAAUAUAUGACACGAAUGAAA